AUGGAGUACCUCAGAUUUUGUUUAGUGUUCUGCUACUGGAUCAAGUUUGCAAGUUCUGUCCUCUCUAAUGCCCCUCAGUCUCUUGCGGCUAUUCCUAAAGAAAAGCUACUGAUCCUUACUGUUGCAACCGAGGAAACAGAUGGUUUUCACCGCUUCAUGCAGACUGCUAACUAUUUUAACUACACUGUGAAGGUGCUGGGUAUGGGAGAAGCAUGGAAAGGGGGCGAUGUUGGUCAUUCUAUUGGUGGAGGGCAAAAAGUCAGGCUACUGAAGAACACCAUGGAGAUUCUUGCUGAACAGGAAGAUCUUGUUGUUCUGUUUGUGGAUAGCUAUGAUCUGAUCUUUGCUGGGGGACCAGACGAGCUUCUCAAGAAGUUUCAGCAGGCCAAUCACAAAGUGCUUUUUGCUGCAGAGGGGCUGCUAUGGCCAGAUAAACGUCUAGCUGACAAGUAUCCCUCAGUCCGCAGUGGCAAGCGCUACCUCAACUCAGGAGGUAUAAUUGGCUAUGCCCCAUACAUCAACAGGAUAGUUUCCCAGUGGAACCUUCAUGACAACGAUGAUGACCAGCUCUUCUACACCAAAAUAUACCUGGAUCCAUUGCAACGAGAAAAACUCAAUAUGACUCUGGACCAUAGGUGUCAGAUUUUCCAGAACUUGAAUGGGGCCGUUGAUGAGGUGCUUCUCAAGUUUGGAACAGACAGAGUAAGAGUAAGAAACACAGUGUAUGACUCCUUGCCAGUCGUUGUCCAUGGCAAUGGAAACACCAAAAUAUACUUGAACUACUUGGCUAACUAUGUCCCCAAUACAUGGAACUACGAUCAUGGAUGCAGCCACUGUGAUGAUGAUGUUCUGGAUCUGUCUCAGUUACAAGAGUACCCAAACUUGUUAGUGGGAGUGUUCAUUGAGCAGCCAACUCCGUUUCUGCCCGAAUUCUUCCAGCGGCUGCUGACUCUGGACUAUCCAAAAGAUAAACUGAAACUUUUUGUUCAUAAUAACGAAGUUUACCAUGAAAAGCACAUCCAGAAGUUCUGGGAGGAGAAUAAGAAUGUGUUCAAGAGUUUCAAAGUUGUGGGACCAGAAGAAAAUCUGAGCCAAGGAGAGGCCAGGAACAUGGGAAUGGAUCUUUGUCGUAAGGAUGUCACGUGCGACUACUACUUCAGCAUUGAUUCGGAUGUGAUGCUCACCAAUCGACAGACGGUCAAGCUCCUCAUUGAGCAAAACAGAAAAAUAAUUGGUCCCCUUGUCACUCGUCACAGCAAAUUGUGGUCCAACUUCUGGGGAGCCUUGAGUCUGGAUGGGUAUUAUGCACGCUCCGAGGAUUAUGUUGACAUUGUACAAAGGAAACGCGUGGGCGUGUGGAACAUUCCUUUCAUGGCACAUGCAUACCUCAUUAAGGGCAGCGUCUUAAGGAAUGAACUUAAAGAAAGGAACUACUUUGUUCUGGAGAAACUUGACCCAGAUAUGGCUCUGUGUAGAAAUGCCCGCGAAAUGACCAGUCACAGAGAAAAAGACUCCCCUUCUCCGGAAUCAUUCCAUAUGCUCAGGCCGCCAAAGGGAGUUUUCAUGUACAUAACCAACCGUUAUGAGUUUGGGAGACUCAUUUCCACAGCCAAUUAUAACAUUUCCCAUUACAACAACGAUUUGUGGCAAAUAUUUGAGAACCCAGUGGACUGGAAAGAGAAGUAUAUCCACCAAAACUACACUCACAUUUUCACUGAGAACUUCUUGGAGCAGCCUUGUCCAGAUGUGUUCUGGUUCCCAGUCUUCUCAGAGAGAGCCUGUGAUGAACUAGUUGAGGAGAUGGAGCAAUAUGGCUCAUGGUCUGGAGGCAAACAUGAGGAUCGUCGCAUAGCCGGGGGCUACGAGACGGUGCCCACGGAUGACAUUCACAUGAAGCAAAUCGGGUUUGACAAAGAGUGGUUACACUUCAUCCGAGAGUUCAUUUCCCCUGUCACUUUAAAGGUUUUCUCUGGCUAUUACACAAAGGGUUAUGCAAUAAUGAACUUUGUUGUAAAAUACACACCUGGUAGACAAGCCUAUUUGAGGCCCCACCAUGACUCCUCCACCUUCACCAUCAACAUCGCUCUAAAUAACAAAAAUACAGAUUUUCAGGGCGGAGGUUGUCGAUUUCAUAGGUAUAACUGCUCCAUAGAAUCACCAAGAAAAGGCUGGAGCUUUAUGCACCCAGGGCGUUUGACUCAUCUCCACGAAGGCUUACCUACGACUAAUGGCACACGCUACAUCGCAGUGUCCUUCAUUGAUCCUUGAGCUGUUGUUUUAUAGUGAACUCUAAAUUAUUUUUUUUUCUCAUUUAUGUUUUCUUUAAUGUUUUGGAUGCAU